CGGACCCCCGACACGGAGCCGGACCUGUCCCCCCCCGCGGCGGGGCAGGGGGAGGGGGGGUCCCGACCGUCUGCUCCGACCGGAUCGCCGGCCGGAGAGCCCGGAAUGUCAGAGGAGGACGAGCUGUCUGCGCCCAGGACGCCGGCAUCUGAGGGGGGGCUGGUGCUGCGGACCCCCAAGGAGGAGGGGGAGGAGGGGGGCGAGCUCUUCCCCUCCCACCCCGACCCCGACCCCGACCCCUUCGAGGAGCUGGAGGGUGGCCCCCCGUUCCCCGGGCCCCCUGAGUCGGCGGGGGAGGGGGAGCGGCAGGGGGUCUCGCCCCCGCCCCCGGGACAGAACGGGACGGCGGGGCAGGGCGACGAGCCCCCCGCCCAGCCAGGGGAGACCAGGCGCCAGCGCCGCCCCAACCGCUUCCCCUGCCCCGAGUGCGGCAAGGGCUUCGCCUGCCCCUCCCACCUGGAGCGCCACCUGCGCACCCACACCGGCGAGCGCCCCUUCGAGUGCGCCGUCUGCGGCAAGACCUUCGCCACCCUCAGCCACCUGGCGCUGCACCGGCCCCGGCACGGGGCGCCCCGCCCCUUCGAGUGCGCCAUCUGUGGCCGCUGCUACCCCACCUACUCAGAGUUGUCCUCCCACCAGCGCUUCCACAGCGGCCGCCGCCCCUACCCCUGCCAGCUCUGCCCCAAGCGCUUCUACACCUCCAGCGAGCUGCGCGCCCACCAGCUGGCGCACACCGGCGAGCGCCCUCACCCCUGCGCCUCCUGCGGCAAGCGCUUCGGCCGGCUGGGGCACCUGCUGGAGCACCAGCGGACCCACACCGGCGAGCGCCCCUUCGAGUGCCCGCUCUGCGGCAAGCGCUUCCACUCCAGCAGCAACCUGACCCGGCACCGCCGCUUCCACAGCGGCGAGCGCCCCUUCGCCUGCGGUGAGUGUGCCAAGCGCUUCUUCACCUCGGGCGACCUGCGGCGCCACCAGCAGACCCACGGCGGUGAGCGCCCCUUCUGCUGCAGCGAGUGCCCCCGCCGCUUCUACCGUUCCGGUGACCUGGUCAAGCACCAGCGCACCCACGGAGCCGAACGCCCGCACGGCUGCCCCUCCUGCGGCAAGCGCUUCUGCACGGGCAGCGAGCUGAAGAUCCACGCCCGCUUCCACAGCGGCGAGCGCCCUUUCCCCUGCUCCCAGUGCCCCAAGCGCUUCUACACGGCCAGCGAGCUGCGGGUGCAUGGGCGCACCCACACCGGCGAGCGGCCCUACUGCUGCCCGCUCUGCGGCAAGUCCUUCUACCGCUCCGGUGACCUGUCCAAGCACCGCCGCACCCACACCGGCGUCAAGCCCUUCGCCUGUGCCCACUGCCCCAAGCGCUACUACACGUCCAGUGAGCUGGGCGUGCACGGGCGCACCCACACCGGCGAGAAGCCCUUCCGCUGCCAGCUCUGCGCCAAGGGCUUCUACACGGCCAGUGUGCUGGCCAAGCACCGCCUGACGCACGCCGCCUCGCCCAGCGGCCUCUUCCAGUGUCGCCUGUGCCCGCAGCGCUGCCCCAGCGCCGCCCGACUGCGCCUGCAUGAGCGCCAGCACUCGGGCGAGCCCGCCUUCCAGUGCGGCGUCUGCCAGCGCCGCUUCUACACCGCCGGCGGGCUCAGCAAGCACCAGAACGUGCAUGGCCCCGAGGCCGCCAUGGCCGACCAGCUGGCACGGGCGGCCUCCCAGCGCCUGGCCGACGCCCAUACCCAGCAGCUGGCCGCUGCCGCCGAGCGGCAGCUGGAGGAGGAGCGGGCCCGGAGGCUGGCCGAGGGCGGCGGCCCCCCCCAGCCGGGCUCCGAGGCGGCCCCCGCCCCGCCGGCCGUCCGCACCGCCCCCCCGGCCCUAUUCGAGUGCGGCAUGUGCAAGAGGGGCUUCGGCUCGUGGCCUGAGCUGCUGGCCCACCAGCCGCAGCACGAGGGGGAGCGGGCGGUGCAGUGCGCCACCUGCCGCCAGCUGUUCGUGGCCCCCGCCGGCGCCGAGGGGGGGGCCGGCGAGGCGGAGGAUGCCCACUGCCCCCUCUGCCGGGGGCACCUGGCCAGCUUCGACAUUGGUGGCUUCGGCCUCAGUGUCUCCAACUUCGAGCUGUGCCUGCAGGGGGCCUUCCCCACCCCCUCCGGCUGGGACGGGACCCCCGUCGCAGACCUGUGCGGGCAGGGUGCUCUCACCCACCCCUCCACCUGGCAGGGGGGCGCCGGAGGGCAGUACCGAGCGGGAAGGAGGGAGAGGACGAGCCGGCUUUGCAUGAGCAACAGUGGACACCCAGGUAGCAAUGGCAGCACCCUCGCCCAGCGAGGACACCCGGUGUCCGCCCACACACUGCCCCCGGUGAGGUGUGUGCCGGAGCCCCUGGGCUCAGCCGUGCAGUGCGAGAGGUGUGACCUGCCCCCAACCAUCUCUCUUCCCUCACUUCCCCAGGCGGAGGGGUGCGGACGUGGAUUCUGCAGCACGCGAUCCGGGCAGCGAGAGUCCGCGGCACCGCAGGUGUGGCGGGGGUUAACGUGGGAACAUCUGGCGGCUGCAGGCCGACAAAGGCAGACCCCCGUCCUGUCCGUCCGCAGCAGGAGAGACCACCUGCCGGCAGGCGGACGGCGCCCCCUGAGCCCGGGAGUCGGGACACAGCACGGCGGGAUGGAGCAGGAGGCUCGCUCGGAAGAUCCAGCGCAGGACGUUGAGGAGGAGGAGGACGACGACGAGGAGGAGGCGGAGGGGGGUCCCGGCCAGGGCGGGGAGCAGGGCGAGCCCUGCCCCGUGUCAGGCACGGUGCCGCCACCCUGCCACUGCGCCGUCUGCGCCCGGGGCUUCACCUGCCGCUCGCACCUGGAGCGCCACCUCCGGGUGCACACCGGCGAGCGGCCCUUCGAGUGCUCCGUCUGCGGCAACCGCUUCAACCGCGCCAGCAACCUGCGGCGGCACCAGCGCUACCGCGGCCAGCGGCCCCUGGAGUGCGGGGCGUGCCCCCGCCGCUUCUGCGUGACUGGCGACCUGCUGCGGCACCGCCGAGCCCACGCCGGCGAGCGGCCCUUCCAGUGCGCCGCCUGUGGCAAGCGCUUCUGCCGGCUGGCCGUGCUGGAGGUACACCGGCGCUACCAUUCGGGCGAGCGGCCAUACCCCUGUGCCCGCUGCGCCAAGCGCUUCCACACCGCCAGCGAGCUCAACCGGCACGCCCGCACCCACUCGGGCGAGCGCCCCUUCGCCUGCCCCGACUGCGCCAAGCGCUUCUACACUGCCAGCAAGCUGGGCGUGCACCGGCAGAUCCACACCGGCGAGCGGCCCUUCGCCUGCCCCGACUGUGCCAAGCGCUUCUACACGGCCGGCAAGCUGAGGCGGCACCAGCGGACCCACGACCCAGCCGCAGACAGCGCCUUCAUCUGCGGCGUGUGCGGCAAAACCUUCGCCCGCACCAGCCACCUGGCCAACCACCAGCGCUCGCACCGGUGAGGGGGACCUCUCCCCAGAGCCCAGCCGGGCACAAAGACGUCCCACCCCGGGGAGAUGUGGGGGGGGGGGGGGGGGGAGGGACCG